CAGGCUGGUUUUCAGUUGCGCAGAACCUCUUCGUUCAGAGUCCCAUUGAACGUUAGGAUAACUUUUUUUUAACGUUUCGCUUGGAAUUUUCUAGGUAAAACCAUUGAUGGAUUUGAUUGGAUAUUUUGUAAGAAUUAUUGCGACAAUUUACGGACAAUGGUAGACCUCGUGUUGUUAUUGGAUUCAUUCGUCAGCAUAACAAGCCUUUAUUUUCCGUUUUAAAGUUACUUUUCUCAGCUCUUUGUUUAUUUGGUCAACUCUUAGAAAGGCGGGUAGAUCUAAACUAGAAUAGAUCCAUUAUGUUCGGGAAAGGAAAGACAUGUCAUUUUGCUGCUGUCCCAGAGAGAUACCUCGCCGAGUGCAAUCUGGUGGUUCUUGGGGUGAUGGGAUCUGGAAAAUCAGCCUUGACGGUUAAGUUUCUAACCAAACGCUUCAUCAGUGAAUACGACCCUAAUCUUGAGGAUAUCUACUCAUCAGAAGAGAUGAUAGACCACCAGCCUGUGAUGGUGAAGGUCAUGGACACUGCCGAUCAGGACGGGCCGGUGAACUGCGAGCGCUACCUGUCCUGGGCCAGUGGCUUCAUGGUGGUGUACAGCAUCGACAACAUGCAGAGCUUCAAGGGCUGCCAACGCUACCUGGAGGCCCUGGCCCUCCACCGAAAGACCGUCCACCUCGACGUCCCCGUCCUGCUGCUGGGGAACAAGGUGGACAUGGAGAGACACAGGCAGGUGAGUAAGAGCGAGGGCGCCUCUCUCGCCGCCCGCUUCGGGGGCCAGUUCUACGAGGUGUCGGCCUGCCUGGACUUCCUGUCGGUGCAGCGCGUCUUCCACGACGCCGUGAGGGAGGUGCGGCGCGAGGCGGACCGCACCCCGGUGUUCCCGCCCCUGUGCCGGGGCGAGGACAGGCCCCUGGUGGGGAUCUCCUCCGCCCACACCUUCACCACCCCCUGCUACAAGGAGCUGCCCGCGCCCGCCACCGCCAAGCUGGUCACCGUGAAGUCCUCCCGGGCGCAGAGCAAACGCCGCGCCCCCACGCUCACCCUGCUCAAGGGGUUUAAGAUCUUCUGAUGGGGGGGGCGCCAUGGUGGGGUGCUCCUCGAUUGGGGGGCUCCCUGAAGGAGGGUACCCCGAUGGCUGGCUCCAUGAUGGUUGGCUCCAUGAUGGUUGGCUCCAUGAUGGUUGGCUCCAUGAUGGUUGGCUCCAUGGUGGUUGGCUCCAUGAUGGGUGCUUCAUCGCCUCAACCACAUUGUGGAAACUUGAAGGAAACACUCCAACAUAACGCACGUGCGUGGUAACGCACAAAAGGAGAUGGGUACGACGCCAGUGACAAUCAUUUCUUAGCGGAUCCAAGCCGAAGCUUUUCCCGUACUCGAUGGACAUCGGACUGUGUGCAGAUGUUUAAGCUGCAGACCCUUUCAUGUCUAUUUUCGAGACAGAUUUUUAUGGAGGGAUUAUAGGCGUAGUGCUUUGUAGUUUGUUCACUGUAUGAUUUAUCUUUGGUACAUGCUGAGCAUUGUGUCGAUAUGUAGAUCCCUACAGGAACACACAACUAGAUGUCUAACGCUGCCACCUUUAGGGGUGGGAGGAUAGUGUUUUGAUAAAUAGAUUGCAUAUUUAUGAAUGUGUUUCAAUAGUGUGAUACUUUUGUAUGCAACUUUUAUCAAACCAAAAUGUAAAUAUGGAUACAAUGAACAGAAUUAAUUACGAUUAAGGUUCUUGUCAUAUAUCAGACACACAUGAUAGCAUACCGACAGAAAUCUGUAUUACCAACACAAAUGCUUUGUCUCAAGAACUUUAUAGACCACAAGUUUUACUCUAGGGGUUGAGGAUGAUUUAAUUUCUUGUAUCAGAUGAUCAUACAUUUGUACAAUUCAAACAAGCAUUAAAAAAGACAAAAACAAGGUAUGACA